GUCGCCGGAACUGCAGGGACGGUGGAAAUAGCAUUGAAAGCCGCCAUAGCUUCAGAGUUCCCUCUGAUGGAUGGUCGCUGCACUGCUCUCCUAAGAGUCCGUCUACCCGUCCGUCCGUACGAGCAUCGUCAAUCACAGGUUAUCUGCAAAUUGCUAGACCGGAACAGGAUGCCGGGACUGCCGCGUCUACAGGUGCGCAUCGAUAACUCGACGCUGCCAACAGAGCCAUGGAAGUUCGGGAAGGACUACUGGAGCUCGUUCGAGCUUUACCCUGAAUGGACCGGAAACACCUAUUACGGAUUUAGGGGUGUGGCGUUUCACAGACGUGACUACUGGUCAGAGACGGCGGUCGUCGUGAAGACGUUCCGACACCAUGAUGGACGGGCGGCGGACUGGGCUCCAUACAAGCGCAGGUGCGAUGUGGCUCGGAACCUCGCCCUCAAGUUCAACAGGCACCUGCAGGCGCUUCACUCACAAACUAGGGUGGAAGUUGUGAAGCCGAUUGACGCUGUAAUGGAUAGCCGGUCUGACAUCAUGGUUAUAACGAGGCUUAUCAUGCGAUUUGAUAAAAAGUUUUCCGAAAACGAGGCUGUCCUAUUCGAAGAUCUUUUGGAGGGAGACUUUAAAACCUUCGUCACCAGUAAAGGAGAGGCAACGUGCGACGAAUCUCAAGUGUUGGACGCUUUCGCGCAUUUUACAUAUCAAGCAACGGACGGUAAUAUGGUGGCGUGUGACCUAAGGGGUGUCGAGAAUGACGGGAAAUUCAGGCUAACAAGCCCGGUGAUACAUUCCGUGGACGGAUCAUUUGGUGAUUCGGAUAAAUCUACUGUCGGGAUCAGGGAUUUCUUUCAAAACCACAUGUGUACAGCUCUGUGCCAUGAUUUCCCUAAACCGGACGAACUUUUUCCCAGAACUCCCUCUGCGCCAGUGUAUCUUUCCUGCAGCACGACCUCCAAAGAAAUAGACGCAGACGACAAGACACCAAUGUUGUCAGACGACGAUGAUUUCCAGCCGCCCGAGUACGUGUUGCAUGAUGGGUCUUCACCACCGCCAUACACGCAGUGACGUCAUUGAAACACUGACGUCACGAGUAACAAUGACGUAAGGGUCAAGAGUACAAUGACAUAAGGCGACAUCAUAUACACUGUUAGCCUUAGAGCAGGACCGCGUGAACAGUGUAAUCAUUGAAAUGUUAUAAGACUGGUCUCUUCAGUCGGAAAUAAUAGUAGUAUGGUUAUUUCAUUCAUGACUGUUCUUUAAUCACAUAACGCUAGUCACUUCCAUUGACAAAGUAGUUUCGAAAUAUCGCUGACCUCAUAUUAAUUAUUUUAUGAUAAACGCCAAUUAAAACAGGAAAACUACUUUUAUGUGGGAAUUUUAAAACGGAAGCUAGUCCAAGUACAGUUAAGUGUUUUCCCCUAAAAAUACAUUAUUCGUAAUCUUAUGAAUUGGAAAACCAUAAACGUCAUCCUAGUAGAUUUUGCAUUUAAACGUUUUCAAUUAACAAACGUCGAUGUAUUCACAAACCAUUUUUUGUGUUCAAUAAUUAUACAGAGUAUUUUUAUAAGUCAGUCAUAUUGUUUAGUUCAAGUAUAGACCAUCCUUGUAUUAGUUAUUUUUAUAGCAUGAACAAAUAAACCAGGUCAACUGUCAGUGCGGUAUGUAAUGCAAUAAUUAAACGUAUUUAAAGCAAGACCACAUUCUCAUUCAAGUAUAUUAAAUUAUGAGUUAUUACAAUACAACGAUCAGAGAAGCAUACAUGUAUGUUUUAUAUCCUAGAUUGCUGUCUGAUCAAUCUUUAAGCAAUUGAUGUAUGUACAUCACCAAGUAACUUCUGAUAUUUUUAAGUACACGGGAGUAUUAAAUUCAAGAUUAAAUUAUUUAUUCUAGAUUGAGUACAUGUUAAAUUAUGUUAAUAGUAUACACUUAUUUACUUAUUAGCUGGGAAAUAAGCUGUUAUAUUGACCAAAUCGUGAAACAAUAUUGCGGUCAAUAUGAACUGAAUAUUUCAAACAGUUUAUUUAUGUAUUGUCCAACGUCAAGGUCACAGGCCGGGUAGAACUUGUAAGGAUGAACAAACAGUUUAUUUAUAGAUCAUGUUAUAAACAUGAUUAAAUUAUAUAAUUAUUAAGGUGUGCAUUGCUUUGAGUGAGCUUUAAGUAAUAAUAUCAAUAGAGGGAUUGAGAAACACUACUUGUACAUGUAUACAUAUAUGUGGGCUACUUUUUGUGCACUACGUCAUACAGUUUUGUGCACUACGUCAUACUGUAAUGUGCACUACCUCAUACAGUUAUGUGCACUACGUUAUACAGGUUUGUGUUCAUUGUGCAAGACUUAAAGUGACACUCGUCAAAAUCAAUACAUACAUUUGUAUAAUGGUAUUUCUACCUUAUGAGUUGAUUGUUUUCAAAGAAAUGAUUACAGUAUAGUAAACCUUUUAGCACUCACAAAUCAUUUAAUAUUUUUUGCUGUAAGUAAUAAAUACUUUUCAUAAAUGCAUUGUUUAGUAAGUAGUUUAAGGUUUUUGCUCAGAAUUUAUUUGUUACACAUGUGUUUGUAUUGAUUUUGAAAAAGAGUGUCAAUUUUACUAAUGAGUUUUUAACUUGUUUGCAACUGUUACAUAUGUACAUAUAAUACUCAUAUAUAUGUAAACAUACAUGUACAUGUGGCGUUUCACAAUCUCCCUAUCAUCUGUUAUGUUUCAUGAUAGCUUAUUUUAUCUUAUAAUGAGAGCUUGUUGAGUUUUAUAUUAAGCAUUUGUUAGAUUAUGAUGUUAUGUUAUAAUAGUAACUAUUGUUGUCUUGUGAAAUGAGUGUGUAUAUUGUUUUAGAUAUUGAAAGAAUAUAGAUAUCACAUUGAUGCAAAUGUGGGCUAUUUCAUGACCAAAACCUAAAACUAACUCUUUAUUAUGUAUCUAGUCUGCUACUAAAGCGCGUAUCGUAUCACAUCGCAUCGCAUCAUAAAUACUGAUGAUGUUAUCAUGUAGUCAUGUUGACAUGUUUUAUUCUGAUUUGACCAUCCAUAUCACGACGUGUUGCCAAAAUAAUGUUGACUUGUUUAAUUAUUAACUGGAUAUUCUGACUGUUUUUGUUGAAAAAAAACCAAACAAGUUGUCGAACACACUUUCGACUGGACAAAAAUUAUGCUGACACAACUAUUAAACCUUAUUUGUUGACUAAAGUCAAUUCAACAUUAUUUCAAUUAUCUGGUUAAUAAGUGAGCAAGUAAACAUAAUAUUAUUUAGUUAAUAAGUGAGCAAGUCAAAAUAUCUACUUAAUAAUUAAACAAGUCAACAUACCUUGUUAAUAUUAAAGUGAGCAAGUCAAAAUAUCUAGUUAAUAAGUGAGCAAGUCAAAAUAUCUAGUUAAUAAGUGAGCAAGUCAACAUACCUAGUUAAUAAGUGAGCAAGUCAACAUAAUAUUAUUUAGUUAAUAAGUGAGCAAGUCAAAAUAUCUAGUUAAUAAUUAAACAAGUCAACAUACCUUGUUAAUAUUAAAGUGAGCAAGUCAAAAUAUCUAGUUUAUAAGUGAGCAUUUAGUCAAAAUAUCUAGUUAAUAAGUGAGCAAGUCAAAAUAUCUAGUUAAUAACUGAGCAAGUCAACAUAUCUAGUAUUUAGUGAGCAAGUAAACAUAAUUUGGACACCAAGUCAUGCCACCAAGUCAUGCCACCAAGUCUUGUUUGAACUUGUCAAGUUGAGAUAAAACUAGUCGAUAAGACUGCAUGAUGACAUCAUCAUAUAUAUGCAGCAAGAAAUCUGCACUUGGAUAAUUGGAUAAUCAUAUAUAAUACUCUGCCAAAAUAUGAUACCUUCAAUAUGAACAAAUUGCAGAUCGCUUUAAAAAGCUUUAAAUAUCAAUUGCAUACUCUUUAUCUCUACUGAGCUACAAUCGCUAUGUGAUAUUAUUUAUGUAUGUACAUACUUAGGCCAUCUAUCAUAAGAUUCAAUUUACAAAUCUAUCAAUAUUGGCUGUAACUAGUAACUGUAAGUUUGGCUGGAAUUAUUACUCUUAAGUUUAUUUAGAUUAACAAGUAAAAUCUGUAAUUUGAUUUUGUUAGCUAUCGACUAAUAUUCAGUUGAAAAUCGUGAUCUUAUGACAUUUUGUCAUACGUUAGAUAUCAAGAUUCUCCAAUUACAAGAUUUUCCUACAGAGUUGGAUGGUGAUAUGACCGUACUAACAUGCAUGAUCAUUAAAAAUGCCCAUAAAAAAACAAACAAUUAAAAAGGCAUAUAAACAGUAAACAUCUUUAUGUUUGAAAUCAGUAUUGUUAUGUUCUGCAUGUACAAUAAGUCUGCAUAAUAAAAUAAAAUGCAUCUGUCAUCGCAAUUUUUCAUUCAUCAAAUCUUGUAUAUUAGCAAAACCUUCACCAAUACAUGUUUGAGCCUAUAUGAACAAGAUGCAGCUUUAUUUUGUGUGCAAUAUUUCUUCUAUACAUUUCCUUUUAUAUAUAAUAUAUAUAUAGAGAGAGAGAGUCAAAUCUCGCUAUGUCAAACCCUGUUAUCUCAAUGUUCUGGAUAUGUCGAACUUUUUUUCGAUUAUUUAUGGUUAAGUUAUACACUUCUGUAUUUUGGUAUAAUUGAAUGUUCGUUAUCUCGAAGUAUUUUUCGAUGUCCCAAAAACUUUGACAAAGUGAGUUCUCCUGUAUAACGAAAGCAUUUUAUUUGUGUUUUUACUUCUCUUUUAUGAAAUAUUCUAGUGAGCUAUUAUUUAAGGCUGUGUAAAAUAGCAGAAUGAAAUAAAAUAAAUCAAAACA